AUGAGGCGUCCUGCCGGAUCCGGAUUUCUGGUGCUGGGCGCCCUGGCCUACAUGGCCUGGGGCCCAAGCUUCACCGGAUCUGCACUGAAAGGCUGCAGGCCGGAGGGUGCCGUGGUGCGCAUGGCUGGCUCCAAGUGGGUGAACGAGGAUGACCCUGAGAUGUCUCACCCUAGCGGCCUGUAUGUCCUUCCGUUGAAGCCGGCGAAGAAGACCGAGAGCUAUACUUACACCUGGAAGAAGAACGAGAAGGGUGAGCUGGAGGAGUACGCGGGCUACGUCAAGGUGCCGUUCAAGGGCGACGAGCGAGCCGCAGCCUACUACACCCAGCGCAAGGGCAAUGGAUGCUGGGACCACUGGGGCAAGAGCGGCGAGGGUGAGGCAGUCUAA